GCGUGAUGCAAAUCAAGCAUAUGAACGUUGAAAAGCAUUUUAUUCCCUUAACCUUUUAUCAGUAUACUUUACAGCUUUGGCUUGUUUUAAUACAAAUUUUUUAAGAUCUGUGUUCCAUUUCUCUUUUAUUAGUUAAUUUUUUAAUUAGAUCUUCUAGGCCAGCAGGUCUAUAGUGAAACUUAUAUAUAAUCCCAAUCCCAAUUCUAACUUUGCACAUUCACCUCAGAUCUCAUCUACCAAAAUUGAACCAUGAAAAACCAAUUAAUAUCAUUUCUCUGCUGCAUAAUAUGUACACAAAUGUUGGCUAUGGCGUUCGUUUCAUCUGCAAGAACCACCCCAGAAGCCAGAGAUCAUCAACCUGGGAUGCAGUCCAAACAAUUUGAAGUGAAUCCAAAUGUGACUGAACCAGAUACUGGAGGCCAUCGGCACGAUUAUUACAGAGUGGACAAAGUUUUUCAUGCAAGAAGAGGGACUUCUGGAGGGUCAAGUCUUGUUAGGCGUCCAACAAAUUCACACAGUGGCUCCAAUUCCUUAACAGCAACUCUAUUUCAUAUAAUUAAAGGGUGGCUUGUUUUCAUUUUGUUUUUCCGGUUUCCCUGAGGAAGCUUUAUAAUUGCUAUUUAUUGCAGCCAUGUAAUGGAGUUUUACACAAACGUGUGUAGCAAAUCAAAUCAUGAAGCAUACUUAAAUCUUAUAUUAUUAUUAUUA